ACAAGUCGGCGCCACACGAGUGCGCGCUCCCAUUCCGUCCGGACGUUUGAAAAAAUUGACAGUUCUUUUUAAUCUGUGGCGCUUUGUUUAAUCUGUGGCCAACGUGUUUCCCGGCUGUCAAAAAUGGAGGGCUGCGGGAUGAACUGCAUCAAAUAUCUGCUCGUUGUUUUCAACGGAUUGUUUUUAAUCUUCGGUAUCGUGAUAAUAACUACAGCAUGCGUGGACCUGGGCAUGCUGCAAGGCUUCGCUGGCAUGGAGACAACGGGCCACGAGACAGAUGCUGUGCUCAUCGCUAUUGGAGUCCUCAUUAUCAUCGUCGCUGCUUUCGGAUGUUUCGGCGCUUGGAAGGAGAGCCCUAAAUUACUCUAUAUCUUCGCAGGCUGCCUCAUAAUCAUCAUUCUGCUGGAGCUGUCAGUGGGCAUAGCGGCGGCGGCGCUUCGACCGCAGAUCGAGGGCACCAUGAAGACGCAGCUCCGAGCCUCUUUCAUCAAGAACAAGUCCACGCGGGAGGAGGACUCCGUAUACAGGGAAUUCUGGGACCGUGUGCAGAGUAGCUUGGAAUGCUGCGGCGUGACCGGACCUGAGAACUAUGGCGCCUCCGAGCCGCGCUUGAAGCCGUCCUUCAGCUGCUGCCCGCCGGACAGCUCGGACGAGGUGGACGAGAUCAAGCGCUCCGACUGCCUCUCCAUGGAGAAGUACUACAAGGAGGGCUGCGAGGACAAAGUGCUGAGUACAGUGCACAGCGCCGGACUCUCCGUCAUCGUCUGUGGUAUACUCUUUUGCUUCUUGGAGAUCGCUGGUAUAGUUCUGGCGCUGUGGCUGGCACACUCAAUUAAAACUGAGGGCAAAGGUCGCGAGACUGCUUGAACUUGCUGCGUUACCAACACAUGUCAUAAGCAUUUAGAGCACUAUAGAAAUAAGACAUUUUAUUAUGAAAAGCUGGUGUU